UAUAUAUUUCUUGAAAAGACCCCUCUAAAAUUAAAGAUAUAAAUCUCCCACACCUAAAAUCAAAUUAAUCAAUCGUCCCCUCCAAUUUCGUUUUCCUCCAUUUCAGAGCUACCGAAAAGUGAAUUGAACUGAUCAAGCAAUGGAUUCGUCGAAUCUCAGUUCACUACCCGAAGAGAGCUUAGAAGAAGAACUAGAACAACCACCACAACGGAACGAAGCGCCAUUGCCCUCCGCUUACGCCUCUGUUCCUCUACGCCCUCCCUCUCAAGUCCCUUUGAACCCGCUUAGCAAACUUGAGUGUGGAACUGGGCCCCCCGCUGAAUCAUACAAUCUUUCCGAAGAAGAUAACUCAUGGCUUGUUGCUAGGAGUUCUCUGCAAAAAUACUCACCUUUGGAUUGGUUGGGCUAUUUUGAUGAAGAGAAGGAUAUCCCCAUUCCUGACUCAAAUGAUGUCUUUCAUGUAUAUAUGGCAGGAACAGAAGGACCAGUUGUUUUUUGCCUGCAUGGUGGUGGAUAUUCUGGACUUUCAUUUACUUUAUCAGCUGGUAAAAUUAAGGAGAAAGCUCGGGUAGUUGCUAUGGACCUGAGAGGACAUGGAAAAUCGUCCUCGGAAAACGAUCUUGACCUCUCUGUUGAGACUAUGUGCAAUGACGUUUUAGCUGUUAUAAAGGAAAUGUAUGGAGAAUCCCCUCCUGCUAUUGUGCUUGUCGGCCACAGCAUGGGAGGUUCAGUUGCUGUGCAUGUUGCUGCAAAGAAAACAUUGCGUACCUUGGCUGGGUUGGUUGUUGUGGAUGUUGUAGAGGGAACAGCUAUGGCUUCAUUGAUCCAUAUGCAGAAAAUCCUAUCAAGCAGAGUGCAGCACUUUUCAAGCAUCGAAAAAGCGAUUGAAUGGAGUGUCAAAGGAGGUGCUUUGAGAAAUAUUGACUCUGCCCGUGUUUCUAUCCCUUCCACAUUAAAGUAUGAUGAUUCAAAGAAGUGUUAUGUCCAUCGAGCACGUUUGGUAGAAACUGAACAAUAUUGGAGAGGAUGGUAUGAAGGGCUUUCGGAUAUAUUUUUGUCAUGUCCAGUCCCAAAGGUCUUGCUGCUAGCAGGAACAGACAGACUGGACAGAUCUCUCACAAUUGGGCAAAUGCAAGGAAAAUUUCAGAUGGUAGUUGUGAGACAUACUGGGCAUGCUAUACAGGAAGACUCUCCUGAGGAAUUUGCAACUCUGAUACUCAAUUUUAUAUCUCGUAACCGAAUUGGCCCCCAAGGAGUUGAGAUACCCGGACUCCGUCGGCCAUUGCAGUCACAUUCGCAACAAUGAGAACCCCCUGCAUACUGAUCUGACAAUCCUCUCUCUCUCUCUAUCUCUUUACUAUUUCAGUAAGAACAUAUCGUCUCUUAUUUGUGUGUGUGCGUGUUUUUUUCCCUUUAUUUUUGGUGAUACUGGUGUGGUAUUAUGUAUGAUCAUAAAGAGUUUGUGCUAUGUGCAAAGCUUUAGUAAAUAUGGUUAGUGGUAUUCCUUUUGGUAUGAUUUUGUCUUUUGUUUUCUUAAUUUAAGAGGUUUUGGGGCUGUUUGUUUAUGAAUUGUUU